GUUUUUCCCAGGCAGCGGCUCAGGAAACUUCUCCCGGCUCCAGUUGCUGCGCUCCACCUUUUAUUCUAAUCGCUCCCGCAUCGCCAUAGGAACCCGCUCCAGCGGGAGCCGGGAGCGGCUCCUUCCCGGAGCGCUCCUUCCCCCGGCAUGGCAAGGCAUGGAGCCGGCAUUCCAGCCCAGGAAAGCUGGACCCUGCAGACCUUCCCUCAGUGACGUGGCUGCUGGGACACGGCCUCCCCCUGCUCCUGCUGCAGUAGCAAUGCUGGUGUCCCCACGGAGCUGCAGUGAGGAGCUCUGGGCUCUGGCAGGAGCGCACCCCGCGCCGGUGCCCAUGGAGUGAGCGGUGCCCGGGGGUGAGCGGGCACAGCAGGACGCUGAAGUUUGGCUGCCCCGGCCCCGCCAAAAUCCCCCCCCCCCCCGGUCCUUCCCGAGCCCUCCCCGCCUCUGCCAUGAAUGAUGCAUCGACGAUGGAUUAUGAACUGCUCUCGCCGUCCCUGGUGGAGCACCCGGCGGGCGCCGCGGGCAUGGACGCCGAGCAGAAAACUGUCUUUGCCUUCGUCAUCUUCCUCCUGGUCUUCUUGGUGAUGCUGAUGGUUCGCUGCUUCCGCAUCCUGCUGGACCCCUACAGCCGCAUGCCCGCCUCCUCCUGGACCGACCACAAGGAGGGCUUGGAGAGGGGCCAGUUUGACUAUGCCCUGGUGUAGAGGGCAGGGCUGGGGCGAGCCCGGGCGCUCCCCGUGCCCCCCAACCCGGUCCCGGC